AUGGUGGAGCAGAGCGGAACGAGGGCUGUGCAGAAGGCCGGAGCCAGGCGCCAAACGGCCGACCGACCGACCGACCUCCUGCCGCAAACCGUCCGCUCGCUGUCGCAAAAUCCUCCCCGCCCCACUACCGCAAAUGGUGGGGGCGGGUGUCGCCAAGUCGCGCUGGAGAGGGGCUUUCUCUCCGCCCCGCCCGGGUCACGUCACUUCCCGGCGCGACCGGAAGUGGCCGUUGGCAGCCAUGGCGGAGCUCAAGAAGCUGGAGUCGCGGCUGCAGGAGUGGAGAGGCGGCUGUACGGAGAGGGCGGGGCCGGGACCGGGGCCAAGGCCAAGCCACAGUGUACUGAUGCUGUGGUAAAGGUCCAGGUCUCUUUGGGGAAUGUUGCUGGCAAGAGGGAAAGGAUAAAAACUCUGUACAAGAAAAUUGACGAUUUGAUGAAGUAUUUGGAUCCUCUGUACAUGGAUCGCAUCGUUAUCCCGGACGCCAUGAAACUCGAGUUAAUUCUGGCAGAAGAGCCGUUCAUACAUUCCCAAGUUACACUUUUGGAGUCAGUCAGCAAACUGCAACCAUUUCUUGAAAGCGAGCACAUUAAAGCGGUUCCAAACUACUCUUCCAAGCUACAAUCACUGACCCAGAUUCAAAUUCAGGAACAGGACCAAUGUACGGCAGUCACAGAAGAUACAAGGAAGCUCCUGGAUGAGUACAACAAGAUGACUCUGCUCCUCUCAAAACAAUUCGUUCAGUGGGAAGAAGCACUAAGCAAGCUGGAGGCUGCGAAGCAAGUAAAGCCACUCCGCGACUGAUGUCCCGGCGAGCGAGGACCAAAGUAUUCCAUAGGAAGAGUGUCGGAGGAGCAUCCCGCUUACUACCUGUAUAGAUAGUGCUGUACGUGUCGCUUGUAAUGUUGGGGAAAUGUCGCAAUUUAAAAGCUAACGCUUAACAGCCAGGGUAAUUAAAAUUGCAGACUGGGAUUUAAAAAAAAUUAAAAAAGACUUGCGAAGAGAGCCAAACCAGGCAUGGUGGCCAUCAAGUUUUGCAUUAGUGUUUGAUUUCUUCCCCACCCUCCCAUGUUUUACGUGGUUAUAGUGAGUAGCCCUACUGUGUCACCGCUGCAAGUCUGGGAUCUUAUUUAAAGCUCCCUACCAGCCCACUUCAUUUAAUUUAUUAUUCCGUUUUGAAUAGGACAGAUUGCUCGUGUUUACAAUUUAACGCUCAUGGCUUCAUUGCGGGAUUCAAAGACCCGACGGUAAAAGAAUGGGGAGGGUUAUUUUAUAUAUUUCAGUGUAAUUUGGGACUUUUCUUUGCAUGUGUUUGGGUUGAUUUGUAGGUUGUACCUGUGCGAUCUCAGUCAGUCUGUGGUUGGUUCAAUAGCGUGUGCGAGCAAGUCUUGACGGUUGCCCUCUUUGCCAGACUUGGGAAGGUUUGCUCUCUCACUUGUCAAUGCACUACAUGAUUAACAGCCCUGCUAUUGGGACCAGCUGACAAAACAGCUGGGUUCAGAAUAAAUGUGAUAAAAUUGCACUGCUAUUAAAUCCAAUUUUAUCAUAUAUGAGUUUGAAUAAAGUACUUAAGAACAUAA